GCGGUGUCAGAUCGUUUCCCGCCGGGUCACAAGAUGGUGGACGAGUUAGAGGACCUGGAAGACCUGAUCCAUGUCACGGUGGGCGACCUCCCGAACCGGGGCUACGGGGUGAUGGAGGAGAUCCGGCGGCAGGGGAAGCUGUGUGACGUCACCCUGAAGGUCGGGGAACAUAAAUUCAGCGCCCACCGCAUCGUGUUGGCGGCGUCCAUCCCCUACUUUCACGCCAUGUUCACCAACGACAUGAUGGAGUGCAAGCAGGACGAGAUUGUCAUGCAGGGAAUGGACCCCAGUCUCCAUCGCAGCACCACUCCUGUCUCAGUGGUGCAGCCUCAGGACUUUGGCCUAGGACUGCAGCUCCCCCAUGUAGAAGUAAGUGCCCCCUCUUCCUCCCGCAGCGCGCUGGAGGCACUGAUUAACUUUGCCUAUAACGGGCACCUGGCCAUCGACCAGCAGAACGUGCAGUCCCUCCUGAUGGGCGCCAGCUUCCUGCAGCUGCAGAACAUCAAGGACGCCUGCUGCUCCUUCCUGAAGGAACGGUUACACCCCAAGAAUUGCCUGGGGGUGCGGCAGUUUGCAGAGACCAUGAUGUGCGCCGUGCUGUAUGAUGCCGCUAACCGCUUCAUCCAUGAACAUUUUGUGGAGGUCUCCAUGUCUGAAGAAUUCCUGGCCUUGGCCUUCGAUGAGGUCCUGGAGCUGGUCUCCAGAGAUGAGCUGAAUGUGAAGGCGGAGGAGCAGGUGUUUGAGGCCGCCCUGGCCUGGGUGCGCUAUGACCGGGAGCAGCGCGAGGUCUUCCUCCCUGAGCUCCUGACGAAGAUCCGGCUGCCCCUGUGCCGCCCGCAGUUCCUGACGGACCGGGUGCAGCAGGACGACCUGGUGCGCUGCUGCCAUAAAUGCCGGGACCUUGUGGACGAAGCGAAGGAUUACCACCUGAUGCCGGAACGUAGGCCACACCUCCUGGCGUUCAAGACCCGCCCCCGAUGCUGCACCUCCAUCGCUGGCCUCAUUUAUGCUGUGGGGGGGCUGAACUCGGCAGCGCAUUUCUACGCAGGUGAUUCUCUGAACGUGGUUGAAGUCUUUGACCCGAUCGCCAACCGCUGGGAGAAGUGCCAGCCAAUGACAACGGCUCGGAGCAGGGUGGGCGUGGCUGUGGUGAAUGGGCUCCUGUACGCCAUUGGUGGAUAUGACGGCCAAUCGCGGCUGAGCACUGUGGAAGUCUACAACCCCGAGACAGACACCUGGACCAAAGUGGGGAGUAUGAACAGCAAGCGGAGCGCGAUGGGCACGGUGGUGCUGGACGGACAGAUCUACGUCUGCGGAGGAUACGACGGCAACUGCUCACUGAACUCUGUGGAGACAUACUCGCCGGAAACAGACAAGUGGACCGUGGUGACCCCGAUGAGCUCCAAUCGCAGUGCAGCGGGAGUAACGGUAUUUGAAGGCCGGAUUUAUGUGUCGGGAGGACAUGACGGGUUACAGAUCUUCAACACAAUGGAGUAUUACAACCACCACACGUCCACGUGGUACCCUGUGGCAAGCAUGUUGAACAAACGCUGCCGGCACGGUGCAGCUUCACUGGGCAACAAGCUGUUCAUCUGCGGUGGUUACGACGGGUCGGCCUUCUUGAGCGUCGCAGAGGUUUACAACGCCAUGGCGGACCAAUGGUACCUCAUCACUCCCAUGAACACUCGGCGCAGUCGUGUCUCUUUAGUAGCCAACUGCGGCCGCCUGUAUGCGGUGGGCGGCUAUGAUGGCCAGUCUAACCUGAACUCUGUAGAAAUGUAUGAUCCCGAGACCAACCGUUGGACGUUUAUGGCCCCGAUGGUUUGUCAUGAAGGGGGCGUGGGAGUGGGCUGCAUACCGCUUCUGACCAUAUAGCGGUACGCCGGCCUCCACAGGAACAACUUCCUCUUAUGGGAAACGGGCUUGGCGUCUGUUUUUUAUUAAUGUGAACGUGAGGACCUUGAAGUAUGAGGUACCCUGGUGCUCGUGGCUCCUCCAUUGUGAUAUAUGCCUGUGUUGUCUAGAAGAAUGUAUGUAUUGACUCUCAGCCACAAGAGGGACCGCCAUGGGGUCAACCACAACCCCAAACUUACAAGGUUUCAUGAAGGAUUUUAUAAAGAUGUGUGAACUUGUUGCUUAUAGCUUCUGCACCAAAGUGAUCCGUGUGUUGUGCGCCGCGUCGUGCGCCGUAGUCUGACUGUCCGGGAGCUUGCAGUUAUGUAAAAAGUCACUUUCUUAAUCCUCGUUACCUAAUUGUGAUUAUAGUGCCAUAGCGUUACCUGGAACGAUGAAGGAACCCUCUAGCUCCACUCAUUCAUAUUCCUUCUGUCUGCUGCCAUUUUGCUUGUAACCCUCCUAGAUGUAAUUCCACCUAUUAAGACCGGUCUGUCGUAUAGAUGAUGCCAGAGCUUUGACCGUCCGUACAGUUAGAGAGGAGCCACUACUGAUGCAUUUGAGCAGAAACUUUUAGCAUGUCCUCUGAAAAAUAUUCAUACAGUUAGCAAAAAUUUUGCACAAUUUUUUUCAAAAAUGUAUCUUGAGUUUGCUUCUGUCCUCUAGUCAUUCCAGAGCUGUGUUCAGAACCUUUUCUGGUUGCUAUAUGUUUUUAUUUUCCACAUUGUACCAGUAGGAGGCGAUGGAGAGCGGUAAAGUCCUGCCGCCUGAGAAUUAGCAGCAACGUAACCUAUGGGAUGGGGGGGUGCUGCCGCCCCCCACCCCCGUUCCAUGUAGACAAUCUAGAACUGUCCCUUGUGUGUCACAUGUUUUCAUAGGGACACAGUGCAAUGAUGGGUGUUAUAGUCUGAGAGGCUGCAUUAAAUGUGCUGGGGACAACAUGGACCUUUAAGUUUUGCUGCAGGGAGAAUAUCUGGCUUUCUUCCUAAUUCCGCCAGCAGGGGGCGAUCUACGUGACCAGAUCUCAGUGUGCAGGAGUCGGCCUGCAUUUUCAAUUUGUGGUGGAAACGUAAGGUGCAUAUAAAGGGUUAACCUGGAGGAUUUGAUGAGCAGCCCCCCACACACCGUGGGCUGCAGGAAGACCCUGCCUGUCUGUGGUGGGGUUACAGUGUCCCAUAACAAGGUGGGAGCGGCUGUAUGUAUGUGAUACCCUGUGAUUUUGGGAAGCCCCCCUUCCACAGCGAGAUGCAGACUCUGGAGGGCGCUGUCAUAGAUUUAUUAUACAUAAGGAGGAAUUCUGGGUAGUUCUCCUGGCGCCUGUUGUCCACGUGUUACUUUAUGUUUAGUCUUGGGUUGGACGACGACUUUUGAUGGGUGUCCCGAUGACCAGGCGGCUGCUGCUUGGACCCUUUCCUUGGCAGGGAACCCAGUGCUCCAUACCUUCUCAGCGGCAGCUUCUUACAGAACAUCCCAUCUAAAUCAUGGGGCUGCCUAGAUCCACCAGUCCCGCUCCCUGCAGAGCCUGAUCGUUACCGGUUCUGCUUAUUGGCAGGGUCACGGCUGUAGCGGUGUCGCUGCUCGCUUUCCAGUUUUUCGUGUAGCUUUGGUCCGAGUGUCCCUACUUUCCUUCUCAUGGCCUCCUGUCAGUCCUGCUGAUCAGAACUCCUCGUUCUGUAACAAUAGUGGGGGACUGUGUAGUUAUAGGAAGACGGUAUAUUUCCCUUACGCCCAUGACGGCACCCUUGGGAGACCGCCUCCAUCCAGGACAGGAAACGGGAACUUUGGUGGAGAGCUCUUAAGGAGGAGCAUGGGCCCCUAGACCACCAGUUCCUGUCCUGUGGAGAGCUAGAUUUGGGCUGCGGGAGCCUCUGAGACACUCAUGAUGGGGGUUACCUGGUGCGGCGCCUGCAAAGUCUGGAUGCAUCAUCGGGCCGGCGUUCCUGGGCAGUCCCAGCAUAACCGCCACCUGCCUGGGCAACUUGCGGAGGGAGAGUUUUUUUGUUCUGUGUGAUCUGCUCACGAACUGGAAGUUGCGCAGCGCAACAUCCAGUAUUUGGAACGCACGUGGAUGUUCAGGCAGUGUGU